AUGGUAUCUUCUAAUGCUGCUAUUCAGCUCAUUGACGAGGCCAAGGAGUUUAAUCCGAGUGUGCUAGACUUCUUCAAACAAUGCGUUGAAAGUCGCGAUGUAGGGAUGGAUUACCAUGUAAUUUCUGUCUUUGGAUCACAGUCUAGCGGGAAAUCUACGCUUUUGAAUGCCCUUUUUGACACGCAGUUUGAUACUAUGAAUGCUAAGGAGAAACGGCAACAGACCACCAAAGGGAUUUGGCUUGGACACACAAAUGACGUUGCCGUUGCAGUUAACAAAAAAGAACGCAUGAAAGAUCUUUUUGUUUUGGACGUGGAAGGAUCUGACGGGGCAGAGCGUGGUGAAGACCAGGAUUUCGAACGUAAAGCUGCGCUCUUUGCAAUUGCGGUGUCUGAAAUUUUGAUCGUGAAUAUGUGGGAACAACAAGUGGGACUUUACCAGGGCAACAACAUGGCUUUGUUGAAAACCGUUUUUGAAGUCAACCUGUCACUUUUCGGUUCCAAAUCCGACCACAAAGUUUUGUUGCUGUUUGUGAUCAGAGACCACGUAGGGGUCACACCACUUGAAAGUCUCCAGCAAACGCUGGAAACUGAACUUAACGACAUUUGGACCGGUCUCACAAAACCUGAUGGCUGUGCAGAUAGCUCCCUUCACGAUUUUUUUGAUCUGAAAUUUACAACACUGGCUCAUAAAGUGUUGCAACCUGACAUUUUUGCAGAAAACGUUGGGACCUUGGGAAGUCGGUUCCAGGACCUUGAGAACCCCUCCCACAGUUACUUCAAACCGGAAUAUCACCACAACCUACCGCUGGAUGGCUGGACGCUGUAUGCAGGCAAUUGCUGGAACCAGAUUGAAACGAAUAAAGAUUUGGAUUUGCCCACUCAGCAAAUCCUGGUUGCUAAGUUCAAAACAGAAGAGAUCGCACAGCAGGCCUUUGUGGCGUUUUCUGAAAACUAUCCAACGGAAACCUUCAAAGCAAAUGAACUGGAAAAGCUAAUCGAGCUUUUGCAUAGUCUCAAGUCACAGUGCAUUGAAGAAUAUGACACUUAUGCGUCGCGAUACGCUAAGCCGGUUUACGCGAAAACCAGGGAGGCUUUAACUAGCGAUAUCGAAAUUAAGCUCAAAGAAACGAUUUCGAAAUAUCUCUUAAAUUUAAGUGAGAGCCUCAUACUGGAAUUCGAAAAGGAUAUCGCGGUAAGGCCCAAAAAUGUACCUUUCAGCGAAAAGGCUCAAUUGGUGAGCUCCGAAAUUGAGCAAAGAUUUCAUUCGGCGACUAGUCAGUUGGUUGAGCGUGGAUUGGUGUCCAGUCUCCAGGAUGAAGAAGACCUUUUUGACUCGACUCUAGCGCAGGCAAGUGCUGCCCAAAGUCAAAAGGAGUUGAAACAAAUUCUGUUCCGCCUGAAUAAAGUAAUCACGACUGGUGUCAAAGAUGAUAUUAUCUUUCUACUUACGCAUCCAGAAAAAGACUUAUGGGAUCAAGUCAUCGAGAGCUUUGAGUCCAUCAUUGCGAAAGCUGCCCAGAGGUUCGCUACGGGUGACAAGACUUUUGAUUUCCAAGUUGGCUUAUCGCCCGAAGAAAAUGCUAAAGUUUACAAACAGGUUCGGUCGAAUGCGUGGGCUACUCUUCAUGAAAUAGUCAACGACUACUUAACUGAGGACAACAUCGUAUCAAUAUUAAGAGAACGGUUCGAGAACAAGUUCAGGUUUGAUGAAAAUGACUCCCCCCGCUUAUGGAAGAAUGAGGAAGAAAUAGACACAGUUUACAGGGUUGCCAAGGAAUAUGCGACUGAAGUCUUGGAUGUUUUGGCCCUCGCAGCCACAUCAAAGCACAUCGAGGUCGUUCCAGAUGUUCCUGUCAAACCCCUCAAUGAACUAGUCGAAGAUGAAGAAGGUAUUUAUCACCAAAAGAGUUUUGCUCAUAUCCUGACUGCGCCUCAGAAGGAGAAAAUUCUCAAGGGCUUCAAGCGCCAAAUCAACACAGCGGUCAUCGAGGCCAAGAGGUCAAUCAUUCGCACAACAACGCAUAUCCCAGUCUACAUAUACGCCCUUAUCGCGGUAUUGGGAUGGAAUGAGUUCCUCAUUGUCAUUAGAAAUCCCCUAUUCGUGACUCUUCUUCUCAUCUUCGCUGUUGCCUUUUAUUUUGUUCACAAGUUAAACCUCUGGAAUCCUCUUCUAACGCUUGUCAACUCAGCAGUUAACGAAACCAAAUCUUUGGCAAAGGACAAGAUCAAAGGCUUUUUGGAUGAAAGCCCUUCUGCUACAGGCGCUACUCACUCCUCAGUCUCAAGCAGCUCUAGAAUUCAAAAAUCCCAGGCGCCAGUGGAAGAGUUCGAGUUACAGGAUUUGCCAAAAGACUCAUUAUCUAAGGAAACUGAGGACAACUAA